UUCUGCCCCAUAGCUGAAGAUCUAUUGGCGCGCCAAUUUCCACAUCGAUCCUAGCUUGCACCAGUUUCUGCUUAUAAGUUGCAUCGAUGGAUACCUUGAUCUUUGCGUCCAGAAGCUGCGAUAGAUCGCCAUGGCGUCCGCUGCUUCACGAAAUGUCAGGUUUCAGAAUGACAUCGAGGUUCAGCACUUCAGAGCCAACCCCCUGGAGAACCUCGGCAGGAAGCACGGCAAAGGCCACGACCCCAGGAGAUGCCGCCUGGGCUUCCGCGGCGGGUGCCUGGAGAAGGCCUGCCGGAACCCGACGCUCAAGGACCGGGUGCUGUCGCGCGCCUUCUCGGAGGAGCUGGAGUCCCUGAUGCACGCCGGCGGGCGCCUCUUCUUCGACCCGCGGGGGCACCUGAUCCACCUGUGGAACAAGAUCUUCCUGUCCGCCUGCCUGCUGUCGCUGUUCGUGGACCCGCUGUUCCUGUACCUGACGGGCACGCAGCGCAACAUGUGCAUCGAGUUCAAGUACCCGCUGGCGCUCACGCUCUCCAUGAUCCGGUCGCUGCUCGACCUCUUCUAUGCCGCGCACAUCCUGUUCCGCUUCCGCACCGCCUUCAUCGCGCCGUCGUCGCGGGUGUUCGGGCGCGGGGAGCUCGUCAUCCAGCCCUACAAGAUCGCCAGGAGGUACCUCGGCCGGACGUUCUGGUUCGACCUCGUCACCGCGCUGCCGCUGCCGCAGUUCGUGAUCUGGAUCGUGAUACCGCGGCUAAAUGAGUCGCCGAUGGCGAACCGGAAGAACAUCCUCCGCUUCAGCAUCCUCUCCCAGUACCUCCCGCGGCUGUUCCAGAUCUUCCCGCUGUCGAGGCAGAUCGUCAUGGCGACCGGGGUCAUGACGGAGACGGCGUGGGCCGGCGCCGCGUACAACCUGAUCCUCUACAUGCUCGCCAGCCACGUGCUGGGAGCGCUGUGGUAUCUCUUCUCGGUGCAGCGGCAGGAGUCGUGCUGGAGGGAGGCGUGCCUGCUGGCGGGUCCGGCGUGCCAGACCAUGUCCUUCGACUGCAAGACGGUGAGCGGCAACAGGACUGUCUGGUACGAGCUGAGCAACAUCACGAGCCUGUGCGCGACCAGCAACGGGUUCUACCCGUUCGGGAUCUACGGGGAGGCGCUGGACGUCAAGCUCUCGUCCUCGUCCUUCACCCAGAAAUACUUCUAUUGCUUCUGGUGGGGGCUCAAGAACCUCAGUUGCCUAGGCCAGAAUCUGUCGACGAGCUUGUUCAUCGGUGAAAUCGCCUUCGCAAUCGUCAUCGGCGUUCUUGGCUUGGUUCUGUUUGGCCUGCUCAUCGGCAACAUGCAGUCCUACCUCCAGGCAACGAUGGUGCGGCUGGAGGAGUGGCGGUCGAAGCGGACGGACAUGGAGCGGUGGAUGCACCACCGGCAGAUCCCGCAGCCGCUGAAGCAGUGCGUGAGGCGUUACCACCAGUACAAGUGGGUGGCGACCCGCGGCGUGGACGAGGAGGCCCUGCUCAAGGACCUGCCCAUGGACAUCCGCCGCGACAUCAAGCGCCACCUGUGCCUGGACCUCGUCCGGCGGGUGCCCCUGUUCGACGAAAUGGACGAGCGGAUGCUGGAGGCCAUCUGCGAGCGGCUGCGGCCGGCGCUGUACACGCGGGGCACGCGACUGGUGCGGGAGCUGGACCCCGUGGACUCGAUGCUCUUCAUCAUCCGGGGCUACCUCGACUCGUUCACGACGCAGGGCGGGCGGUCGGGGUUCUUCAACUCGUGCCGCAUCGGCGCCGGCGAGUUCUGCGGGGAGGAGCUCCUGACGUGGGCGCUGGACCCGCGGCCCGCGGCGGCGCUGCCGCUGUCAACCCGCACCGUGCGCGCCGUGUCCGAGGUGGAGGCGUUCGCGCUCGUGGCUGACGACCUCCGCUUCGUGGCGUCGCAGUUCCGGCGGCUGCACAGCGCGCGGGUCCGCCACAGGUUCCGGUUCUAUUCGCAGCAGUGGCGCACGUGGGCCGCGUGCUUCAUCCAGGCCGCGUGGCGGCGCCACAAGCGCCGCCGCGCGUCCGUGGAGAUCAGGGUGCGCGAGGGCGGCGGCGUGCGGGCCGGGGGGAGCUUGAGGCGGUCCCGGCGGCACAGCAUCGACGGCAGCGCGCCGAUCAAGAAGCCCAUGGAGCCGGACUUCACGGUGGAGGAAGAGGACUGAUCGAUCGUCGAGCGCUACUGAGCUAGCUAGCUACUAGCAACUUCUCUUAGCUCUUGGCUGCCUCUUGGGUGGAGUCUGCAUGAUCUGUCUGUCAGUAAACUUUCCUACGUAAAGACGCCCAAUGCAACCCUACUUUUGCAUAUACAUAUAUACAUAUUUCGGUCCACUUUGGAGUACAAGUUCCGCAAUAUA